CCUCCAAAUUUCCAAGAUUGAGUAACAUCUUGUAGCUAAAAUUGCAUGAACUUUAUUUUAAAAUCAUGUUUUUCUCCUUUUCCUUAGAGCAUAUAACCGUUGGGUUGGAUAGUUUGGGCCUAACCCGAAUAGAUAUCCACAUUCUUUAAUUAAUUUAAUUUAAUUCCAAAAGAAAACCGUUCCCCUAUAAAUAUUACUCGAACAAAACUUCUCAGUUAAGAAUCUCACUACUCAAGAAAGCGAGAAACGAUCAUCAUCAACAUCAGUGUUCGGAAACCAAGCCAUCAAAAUAAAAAAUCUAAGACUGCAGUGAUUGAAACAUGGCGAAACUGAAGAUAGCGGGAUCAUGGUCCGGUGUAUUAGAAGAAGUCGAUUUGGCGAUUUGGACCAUAUCUUCGUUACGCGAAGAAGUUGCCAAGCGAUCCAAUUGCGAAAACCCUCACUUCAUCAACUUCAUAUGCGCUGGUAGAAUUCUCAAGGACGAUAACGGAACCCUAACUUUAACUCAAUUGGGCGUUAAGAAUAACUCCAAGAUUCUCGCUACUCUCUCUUCUCCUCAACAGGGUCAGUCUCUUGUUGUGGAGGAACAAAGCUCUCACAGGCUUGCGCGUAUCAGGUCAGCUGCAACUGCAUUGGCUGAAAGGCAUGCAGAUGGUUCAUUGCCUGUUGAAGAUUUUAACAUAGAAGUUGAAGAUCAAAAUGGACAGAAAGUACGCUUGGGAUCAGAGCUUGAUCAGAGGGCAGUGAUGAUGGGAUUGAUGCUUCAUGCAAAGGGGAAGCGUCUUAUCAAAGUGGGAAAUUACAAAGAUGCACUUGAAGUUCUUACUAUGGGAGAGGAGGCAUUCUCUAUUUGUGAUCCAAAAGUCAUUGAGCUUAUUGACAAUGUCCCAAUACUGCAAAUUGACAUGGUAUGGUGCUACUUUAUGCUACGAGACAUUAGAUGGCUAUCAGAUGCAGGGAACCGCCUUGAAAUGGCUAGGGUAGGAAUUGGACGUGCUCAUGGGAAGGAUUCUCUCCGCCUUAGACUCUUACAAGGUGGUCGCUAUCCAGAACUUGCACUGCAUUUGAGACUAGAACUUCUUGAAGGGGUGGUGGCAUUUCAUACUGGCCAGUUGGAAAAAUCAAAGCAAGCAUUAGCUUCUGCAAUGGCAAAGUUUGUUCAGCUGCAAGUGCCUGAUGAAGCAUUAUCACUUGUUAUGAGCAUGGGCUACAAUCAACGUCAUGCAAAGAGAGCAUUACGAAUGAAUAAUCAAGAUGUUGGGGGUGCCAUUGAUUUCCUUGUUGAGGAGAAGGCAAAGAAAAUGCAAAAACAGGAGGAAGAUUUAAAAAGAAGAGCUGAAAUUAUGGAGCAAAAGAAGUUUGGCGUGACCCCCUUAAAAAAGGCCGUGGAUAUGGAGAGACUGAAGGAAUUGGUCACUAUUGGGUUCGAAAAGGAGCUCGCUGCUGAAGCCCUUAGAAAAAAUGAAAACGAUACUCAGAAAGCAUUGGAUGAUUUGACGAAUCCAGAAACCAAUUCUGAUUUACAGGUUAAUAUCGAGACAAGGAUAAGGAAAAGACAGAAACAAGCAAAAGAUUCUGCAAUUGAAAGAGUUGUGCAAAUGGGGUUUGAAAGAUCAAGAGUGAUUGCUGCUUUUGAGGAAGACGGCGGGUUAGACAAAAUAUUGCAAAGACUGACAGCACAACCUGAGGCAGAGAAUAUUCAACCUCAAGUGAAUUCAACUGUUGCUUCCCAUGGCAGUGCAAGUUCAUCUAACCCUUUACCAAAUAAUAUUAGUUCUGAUAUUUUAGGCCCAAUGAAUGAGGUUGAAGAUCACAAUAAAGCUGAAGCAAGGGACGUGGAGAUGGAAGAUGAGCUCUCUGCAGAUAUAGCUAAUGGUGAUGCCUUCACUGAUUAUGACAUUGAAGUUAAUAUAGAAGGGGAUGCCAUAACUGAGUACAUGUCUAUGAUUGAGUCAGCAGGCAUUACUUCCAAAUAACAAGAAAAUGAUUUGGGGACUAGAUUUCGGUUUUAUGUAAAUAGCAGGAUUAUAAAGACAAUGAAUGUGUUUCUGCUCUUUGCAAAUGUGAGCUUAUGUAAAUAUCUGGAUGGAUACAUUUGUUCUCAUUCUCUGGAGUAAUCAAUAUGAAAUACUUAAUUUGCUUUUGAGCAGCUAAAUAAAUAUAAGGGAAAAUUUUCAAAAA